AUGUUUCAAGUUAAAGCAGUCUUGAAAAAAUUUGUCUUCCAAAAAAAUAACAAAAACUUGGAUUUUAAAAAAAUAGCUUUUCCUUUCUUGAGUAAAAUCCCAACUAAUUUUACAUCCAAUGAAAAGCAAUGCAGUGAUAUAAUUAACAGUCCAAAAACUAACAAUAAGAAUAUUAUCACUGUACAUUGUAUUCGGCAUGCUGAGAGUACCAUGAAUGCUUUGAGGAACCAUAAUAUAAAAACUUUAAAUAUACACGAGUUAUUGUCUGGCAAAGACCCUGGUAUUUUUGAUGCUCCUUUAUCGAAGAAUGGGAUUGAGAAUGCAAAUCAUUUCGGUAAUAAAGGCGGUCCAAUAUAUAAAGGAAAGCCAAUUAUGGAAAGAGCUUCUAUGAUACUCACAUCCAAUUUGAGAAGAGCCAUGGAAACUUCAAAUCUAAUCUCUAAGAGAUCUUCUGAUAAUUGCAAAAUUUGUGUAUUGGAUUUUGUUAGAGAAAAAGCCUUAUAUGUUUCGGAUGUUCCUUCUUUAUCUAGACAAGAAAUAAUAAAAAAUUACCCAAAAGCUGAUGUAUCAUUUCUUCCUGAUACUAACUUUAAAGAUUUUAUAGUACUUCCAGAAAAUUAUGAUCAAGUGGAUCAAAGAAUUCAACAAUUUAUCAACUUCAUCAAAAAUUAUGAAGGCCUUGAAAAUGAUGAGAUUGUUUUGGUUUCACAUUAUUACUUUUUAAAAAGACUUUUAAAAGGAUCAGUAUUUUGGCAAUUACCAAAUCUUGGAGUAGUUACUAUUCAUAUUGAUAAAAGUACUGGAAAAAUUGUUGGUAAUAAUAUUACUAGAUAUACCGAUAAUUGUUAA